AUGAAUGUGAACAGCAUGAGCUGGAUGGCUAUGGCUGGGAUGACGAAUCGGAUAGACAUCACUACCGAGUUUAUCAAGUUUCCUGGUGGUGAACAUGGAGGGAGUUGGGGAGCUAGGAUCAGGGGUACGUUGCGAGAGGAUGCGGAUCCUCAGCAGCGGACAACGGUCUUUUGGUACAAUACGCUUGAGGGUGUUGGCAUGUUGGAUGCAGGCACAGCAGCUGAGGGCGAACUUGGCGUCUCGGGCGACGUCUUCAUCAAGGGCGAGACGCCUGAUUUGGGCACAUUCGAGGUCAAGGUCACAGAGGGCCAAGGCCGUCACCCGCAUAGCGGCCACCCAAGUGAGCAUGACAAACCACUUGAUCUGACACUGGUGCACAGUGGAUCCGUCCCCGAGAAUGUCUUGUGGCAGACGAAAGCCUUGAUCUUCAAGCAUAUAAAGGGACAGAUCGAUCAGCUUGUUCUCAAGUACGACGAGAAUGACCCGCCUCCGCCAGCCCAAGUCUACACCAUCCAGCAUCAGCCUAGUACUGGAAACAUGCACGUGGUGCAGAAGGUCUUUGAAGGCCCAUUCGAGUUCGACAUCAUCUUCUCGUCUGGUUCUGCGCCUACCAAGAUCACUUCCGAGGACUUGACAGAACAGAUUGGAUCUGUCACUUCGACCUUUUCUUCACGCUUCACUGAGAUCUUUGAGCCUCAGCCUCCUUUUAUCAAGGAGCGCUACGAGGAGUUCUCCAAACUCUGCUGUGGAUCGCUCCUACGACCCGGCCUACGAAGAGGAUGA